ACUUACUUCAGGAAUUCAGAGGGUCCUUGGAAAGCAGCAAUGAACAGACUAAGGCAGAGAAAACAGGAAAGCGCUCCAGUGCUCCAGCCGCUGCUUUUAGGCACAGCUCAACCUCAUUCACGAAAAAGGAAAUGGAAUAGUCAGUUGAUCAUACCUGCAAGCACUGCAAACAGAAAUAGUUCAGAAGAGGACAGGAAAAAGAGAUGUGGUGACUUGUACAGUACAAAUGGGUGUCUUCCAGUGGAGCAGCUGCAGAACUUUUCUCAGCUCCUACAAAAUAUCCACAAUCUAGAGUUUCCUUCCCAGAUGGGUUCAGUGCUAACAAACCCUUUAUUGCUUCACUAUGUGAGUUGGAUCAGAGAUGAAUCUGUUAACCUGAGGCUCUACUAUUGGAUGGGCCAGACUCUUCAGGAAGAAUGCACCUGGUGUGUGGCUGAUAAUAUUGGAUAUGAAGAAGAAUUCAAGGACUUCCUUGAAACUAUCUACAAGACAGAGUGUUUCUUGCAUGAGGGAUUUCCUGCCUGUGAAGAGUUCCUGUUUAAGAGCCUUCCUCUCUGGGAUGGCUGCUGCUGCCGAUCACAAAUCCUCAAACUUGUGAGUUGGAUCUCCCUCAGCAGCUUCUCUGAAAUGAAUUCACACCUCUGUCAUCCCCUGGCGCAGCUCUUUUUCACAUCAUCCCUGUACUUUAAGUGCAGCGUUCUUGAGAGCCUGAAAGAGCUGUUGCAGAACUGGUUAAACUGGCACGUGAUUCACGUGGACUCAGAGGCUGAAUCGCAAGUCUGUUCUUUGAAUACCACUCUUUCUGGAGUAGUGAACGGGGUGGCUAAACUGAUCCGUUUUGUUGGGUGGAUCUCUACCAUUGGAUUGCAUUUGGAAAACAAUUCUUCUUUAUUGCUGUACUUCAUCCUAGAUUUCUACGAGACUGUGUGUGACAUGUACCUGGAGUACAAUCUGCCUUUGGUGAUAAUGCCUCCCGCCGGGGUUUUCUACCCAGCGCUUCUCAGCAUGGAUUCUGUCUGCUUCAAUCAGCUCUGCUACCUUAUGUACAGGUAUCGAACCAACUUGGUGGCCGCAAAGCAAAAUGAGCGGAGUAAGAAGAAAAUACAACAAUUCAGCUUCAGUAGCCAGACGUACCAAGAGUACAACCACUACACAAUAGCGAUGGUGGGCUGCCUGUGGACAUCCAGUGUGUUCCAGGAGGAUGUUCAUCCGCAAGGUCUUCGUAUGGAUGAGGAACUGCUGAAGAAAACCGCGGUGCAGGAAUACAAAACCAGCUUUAACAUUGUUUACCACCCAGCCCUGAUGGGCUUUGCUCUCCUUUUCAUGCAGCAGGCUUGGCCAGAUGAGACCACCUUCAACUUCAGAUUAAUUAAGAGAAACAAGUGGAACUGGUAUCUGGAAUUUCUCUACGCGCAAGGUUUAAAGGGCCUGAAGGUCUUUAUUGAAAGCAGCAUCAGUAGUGUUUCCAAGACCGCUAGCCGUAAAGCGGAGAACAUGCAAGUGUGA